UAUAACUGUAAAUUAUGAACCAUAAAAAAUAAUGAUAGCAAUAUUAGAGGCAUGCAUUCGUUUUUAUGAUUUAAUUUUAGGUUAUGAAAUAUAAAAAAUUGCGGCAACAAAAUCAAAAGCAUAGAAUACCCUUUAUAAUUUUGUCAUGAAAUUGUUGUUGUGACAUCCUUGACAGUUAAAUUUCAAGAUGUUCUCAAACUCGUUUCAGAGUGGAUUUAUGUCGAUAUUUUUCAGCGUGGGGAGUAAUCCUUUAGAUAUUUGGGACAAACAAGUGAAAAAUGGUCACAUUCGUAGGAUCAUCGAUGACGAAGUGAAGUCCCUGGUGUUGGAUAUUGGGGGAACAAAUGUCGCCACCACUUAUAUCACUUGUCCUAUCAAGGCCAGAGCGUCGCUAGGAAUAAGACUGCCUUAUUUGGUUAUGAUCAUUAAAAAUAUGAAAAAGUAUUUUACAUUUGAGAUACAAAUACUGGACGAUAAAGACAUGCGUAGGCGAUUCAGAGUGUCGAAUUUUCAAUCCACUACGAAAGUGAGGCCAUUUUGUACGACCAUGCCAAUAGGUCUAAGCUCGGGUUGGAACCAAGUCCAGUUUAAUUUGGCAGACUUUACAAAGAGAGCUUAUGGCUCAACAUAUAUAGAAACCGUACGAGUACAAGUGCACGCUAAUGUGAGAAUCAGGCGGAUAUAUUUCGCAGAUCGGCUUCUGAGCGAUGAAGAAUUGCCGAAUGAGUUUAAAUUAUUCGCGCCUGGGCCAGGUGCUCAAAGACAUGCUUCCCGAACGCCAAAAAGAUCUUCCAAAGAGGCGGUCGGUAAGGAACAAGCACAUCCACCACCUAUCAAAAAAUCGUUGCCUAAAAUUCCGGAAGUUCCUCCACCUCCAAGUCCUGUGGAAGAGCUUCCAACAGUUAAAGAAAGAGUUGAAGAACCGAUUGAAGAAUCGAUUGAAAAACCAAUUGAAGAACCAGUUGACUCCCAAACCCCGGAUAAACAACUGGGUAGUCCACUAGAAGUAGAAUUUUCAGAUGCAGCAGAAGAAUCAAAGUCACAUCCCGUUGCUACGGACGAAUUACAGGAGGAAGAAUAUAUUCCAGGAAUUUUUGCAGAUACUGAAGAAAUGGAAGCAGGGAAAGUACCAGAAACCUAUAAGGAUGAAGUGGAGGAACCGGAAGUACCAUUAGAACAGGACGUACGAUUAGAAGAAGAAGAACAAUUUCUUUUAGAAAGUCCGAAGGAGGACUACCCCGAAGAAACAGAAGAUCUUGCGCAAGAGGUUGAUGCUCUGGAAUUACCAGUCCCCGAAGAACAUGAAGUUUUCGAAGAAACACACGCCGAACAACCAGAAACUGCUAUUGAUGCAGUUCCAACCGAAACUGAUAUCACCACCGCAGAGGCAGAUGAAACUCUGCAAAGUGAACCGCCGACUGACGUAGAAAUAGAAGAGGCUUAAAUUGUUUUAAU